AUGAAUAAUCUACCAACGUCAGCAACGUCAGAUGACAGUAUGGACGAGCAACGACAGCGAGCUCUGAAACAGCGACGCCGACGAAGGCGAGUAGCAGCGGGUCGAUCCGGUGGCACCUUCGAACUUCUCCGACAUGGGAAUCAGCUCACAUAUCAAUAUGUCUCGCCCGACCAACGCCGUCACCAACCGGGAGGUCGGUUUUCUUGGGAUUACACUCCUUCCACUGAUGGAUUCGAUGAUUUCAAUGCUAGAAGUGUUCACAGUCAGGGUGACCAUGAUUCAACACCGAAGAUCAGUCCACUGGUAGUCGCUCGUGAAAGCAAACACGAAUCACGAUCUGACACUGUCGGUACCGGUCUUCCCCAGCCCACUGCACACCAUCGAACUCCACGUCGUGAUCGCUACCAUGCCUAUGUGGAAAGCGUUUACUCGGGACUUUCAGCCGAAGAAGCGACGUAUGUCAUUUUUAAUUCCCCGGAUGUGAUCCCUGAUACACCAAGUCGGUUAUCGGGUCAAGCAGCAGCCAGUCAAUGUCUAGAUCCUGAAACAGGCCCAGCAAUCGACGCUCAAAAUACCCAAAUGGCUGCCACUGAAAGUCAAAAUGAAUCUCUUCUUGGUGGAAUCAAAAUGAAGUCUCCAACCAAGAAGAAGACAUUCGGUCGUAUGAAAGACAUCAGAAGAAUGGUAAAGAAAAUCGUGCACAAAAAAAUGGGGACCAGUACUGCAGGAGAGAUAGGCCGCCUGUUCAACAAAGCAUUUCACGGAAACAGAUCAACAGUGGACAAAGAGCGAUUGGAAAGCGUUUGUGGCUCACAGAACGUGGUCGACGGAGUUGGAUUUCAAGGACAUCUGCACAACCCCAGCACUCCUCAGGGUCGAACCAUUGAAAGAACUAGGGGCAUGGAGUCCGACAGUCCUGUCAAAGACCAACUUCUCCGAGAACAAGAAAAUGAUGAGCAACAAGAACGCCUCAACAAGACAUUCUUCACUCCACCAGCUGGUCAGAAGGAGUCAGGCAAACGAUCGACUGCCUCUUUGAACUCGGAAGUCUUUGACUGA